AUGGAAGAAGAACAACCCAACACCGCCGCAUACGAGCUCAUCAGCGCCUUGAAUCCAGACGCAGACCAGGAAACCAUGCGCAUCCUGGAGAAUCUCAAUCCAGCAGACCGUUCCCUCUUCUCACUCCUCGUGUGCUCUCCGGGAGGACUCUGUGCCACCGAUCCAACGGCCUUGAAGACGUUCUUCAAGUACAUACAAGCCGGUCGCGCGCUUUCUGACAGUCUGUCUAUGGCUCCCAUCCAGCAGGUUCAUGCUACCAAGACGCUUGUUCGUGUCUGGCAUGCUGGGUUGGAGCGUGAGAUGGCUGAAAUCGAGGAUCCUACAUAUUGA